GAGCUCAACUUAAGUGACCGCGAUCAUCUCCAAGCGCGAAUGUCAGAUCCUACCCCUACAAACCUCCAUCUCCCUCUCAACCUCCCCUAUCCCAUUACCAUCGUUGCCCAUGCUGCCCAGCCCGCCGACAAGAUUCAACGCGGAACCCGCCUGUUGAGCUACUCAUUUACACAUCUCUCACCCAACUCACUGCCUGAAGUCCGUUAUGGAACGUGGGACUCCACCAUCGAGGGCACACUUGACAAAUGGAACUUCCAACCUGGUGAUCACAUAUCCCGUCGGAAGGCACAUGAGGUGCCUGCCGUCCUCGUUAGCGAGCCGUGCAAGCAUGAUAUUCAAAUGGCGGGGCUUUGCUGUCAAUGCGGCAAGGAUAUGACAAUUUAUGAUUACACUGGCUUCUCCGACGCUUCACGAGCGUCCAUACAGAUGACACAUUUAGCCAAUGGUCCUACCGUGUCACUAGAAGAAGCACAGCGGAUCGAACGAGAGACGGCCCAGUAUCUCCUGAAAUCACGGAAGCUUUCCCUCAUCGUUGAUCUCGAUCAAACUAUAGUUCACGCCACAGUUGACCCUACGGUUGGCGAGUGGAUCUCUGAGGGUGAAGCUUGGGAGGCACGCCAGGUGAAGAAAUCUGCUGAGUCAACACAAAACGGAGAUGCUUCGUCUGAUGGGACCAUAUCGGAUGAGGAAGACGAGGUGAAUCCAAACUGGGAAGCUCUCAAGGACGUGAAGAAGUUCAGGCUAGGCCCUGAGGCCCUCGGCCAAGCCGACCCUCGAGGUCUGCGAAGAAGGGGGAAGGAUAAAUGCGUCGAACAGGAUGGCUGCAUGUAUUACAUCAAGCCCCGUCCAGGUUGGCAGGAGUUUCUGACUAAGAUGGCGGCCAAAUACGAGAUGCACGUCUAUACGAUGGGUACCCGCGCAUAUGCCGAAGAGGUUUGCACUGCAAUUGACCCAGAAGGCAAAAUCUUUGGUGGCCGGAUUCUAAGUCGAGACGAAAGUGGCAGUCUUACUCAGAAGAGUCUGCAGAGACUCUUUCCGUCUGAUCAGUCUAUGGUAGUUAUCAUCGACGAUCGAGCCGAUGUCUGGGAGUGGAGUCCGAACCUUGUCAAGGUUAUACCCUACGACUUCUUCGUUGGAAUUGGUGAUAUUAACUCGGCUUUCCUACCCAAACUUGAACCUCUAACGCCCAUGCUAUCGCCACCUGAACCCAUAUCUCCCAGUCCGCCGGCGCCCAUAUCACCAGAAGAUGCUGAAAGCCCCGAAGUCGCAGAGGAUGUCGAGACCGACGUCAUCUCGACCUCAGAGAACGUUGUCGUCGCUAUCAACACACCCUCGGAACAGGAAGACGAGGAAGACGCAAUUCGAAAGAGUGAAAUUCUCAUUCGGAACCACCAAGCACUCGACGCUCAGGUGGAAGAGCGGCCAUUAGCCAAAAAACAGGAGGCUUUACUGGAAGAAGCUGCAGCAGCCACCUCACCUCCCUCUGGCCUGGGUAUCAAUGGGAAUGGUUCUCAUCCUCCUGUAAACGGUGAAGAUUCGAAUUUGCCGGCGGCGGCGGCGACCGCGGGUCCGAGUCCGAAGAAGGAGAAGGUUGUCAGGAAGGCCUUGUUGAAAAAUGAUGACACGGAACUUACUCGCGUGCAAGAGAUCCUCGAAGAAGUCCAUAGGCAAUUCUAUGAAUCGUACGAUGCUCGGGAGGAAGAGCGGAAAACCUCGCAGAAGCACACGAAGCGUAAAGAACAUGGUCAUGUGCCAUAUGACGUUAGAACGAUCAUCCCUCAAAUGCGUAUGAGAACCUUCCAAGGUGUUCACAUACUGUUCUCCAGUGUCAUCCCUCUUGACACUCGUCCUGAAUCGACCGAGAUUUGGAGGACAGCCGAGGCUUUCGGAGCGACGUGCUAUACCGAGUUGAAUAAGCGAAUAACACACGUCGUCGCCGCAAAGCGAGGCACAGUGAAAGUGGACGCAGCGCGCAGACAAGGCGGCAUCAAAAUCGUCUGGCUCGCCUGGUUUACGGACUCAAUAGCAUUCUGGCGCCGACAAGACGAGACGCCUUAUCUCAUGGACCCCGAACCCAUCAACGUGACAGCAGGCCCCGCAAGUCCAUACUCACCUCCAGAUGCUCAUCAAAUAUCUUCUGACCCUGAACCGGAUGCUGACGAUUGGGAUGAAGAUGGGCGGGCGGGGCCUGAUAAAGAAGGAUUGGCGUUGGAUGAGGUUGAUUGGGAGGAUAUCAAUAAUGAGGUUGAGGCUGCGAUGAAUGAGAGCGAUGAUGAGGGGAUGAGUGAGCGGAGUGGGAUUAGAAGUGCGAAUGGGAGUGAUGAUGAGAGUAUGACGGAUGAGUCGAAUAGUGUUGUCAGCAGUACAACGUCGACGCCAAGGAGGACCAGGAAACGAUUACGGAGCAUUACACCUUCGGAUGGGGGAUUACGCUCUGACGUCUUGCGAUCACCUCUGGCUAAACGUAAGAAAGUGGCGGCGGAGAGGUCUGGGGCGUCAAGACUGAAAGAGACGUUUUCAGCAGGGGAUCUUACUGUGGAUGGACCUACCGACGAGGAUAGGAAAACCAGUAGCAAGGUAACGACACCUCGUGAUGACGCUAUAGACGAAUGUGGUGAAGAGGAAGGUGGCGAAGAGGAGGAAGAGGAAGAGGAAACUGACGGUGUUAUUGAUGACGAUGACGAUUUCUUAGCAAGAGAAUUAGGACAAGACUGGGGAUAGCGAUUGGGGGUACAUACUUAUCCUGCACUCGUUCGCAUUGGCUGGUCUUUUCGUUAUUUGCUCUUGGGAUUCAUCACUCACAUCCUAUUCACUUGACUCGAGUUGACAAUUGUCAUCUUCUCUCUCGUCUCCUUUGUAGCUUGCUAUCAAUUGACCACUAUCCUAGUGUAAUGUAACUCACUUGAUGUAGCAGUAGUGUAUAUUUUUCUGUCUAUCUGCUUUGUUCGAUGCUUCUCUUCCUUUGGUCACAGCAUGGUGUAUACAAUAAUCAAAUAGAAAUGGGUAUAACUAGUCAUGUCACAAAAUCUCCUCGACUACGCAUCAGGUAUGCUGUUCUUCCGUUUU